AUUUUAUGCACAUAAUAGAUGAUAAUUUAAGGAAAAGGUAAUAGAAUAAGAGAUAAGAGGGAUAUAAUCACACGUAAAAAUCCAGCUUUAAUUAAGGCUUUUUAAUUUGCAAAAAUUAGCCAACACCAAAAAAUAAAAAGUAGCGGGUUUUUGGGGAAAAAGGCUGGUGGAACGACACGUGGCGAAGGUUUGACCUUUAGAUGGGAAUCAGAAUGUGGGCAAGCAGCGGUUGAUCAUUGGAUUAGGAGAUGACAUCCCACAGCCAACCAAGAGAGUCGGUUUUCAGUGAAAUGAAAGAGAUGGAGAGCAACUGUUUGUUGAUAGAAAAGGGAGAGAGAAAAGUAGGAAUAGUUUCUUGAGUAUAAUUUUUUUUUUUCUUUUCGGGUUUUGGUUUGUUCAUCAGAUGCAUGAAAGAGAGAGAAAGAAAGGGUUGCUGCACAGUUAGCUUAAAAAAAGGGGAAAAAAAGAGAGAAAAACUGUAAGAAAUCAGAGAAAAGAGAGAUGGGUUAUGGGAAGAGACUUAAAUUGGGUUAGCAGAAGAGAGAAAGGCAUGGCGGCGUUGGCAGAAAAGAGAGCUGUAAUUCUUGUGUUUUGUCUUAAAUGCCUUUGCAACAGAAGAAAAACAAGUAAGUAAAGCCAGGAAGAGGGAACGGGACAGCUGCACCAGCUAAACGAAAUUGUCAAGGAAGGGAAAGGAGAGAGGAUUUGAAGACUGAAGAGAGAAGAGAGGUUUUAUAUAAGUUGGAAGGAAUUUCCUCCAUUGGAACCUGACGUGCGUCCUCUUUUCUUAAUACAAACCAGCUUUUUUGUGCAAUUAGGGGCACCAACACCAACAAAAAACAACACAAAAAUACUUGUACUAGUCAACAACAACAACUCACUUUCAGUUCUUAUUUUGUAAUUUUUUGGGCUAAGAUUAUUUAUUAGAUAGCAGCAUAGGCAUAAAGACGUACAAAAGGAGGAGAAUUGGCAAUAACUUGGAGAAAAAAGAAGCAAAAGAGUCGAAAGAGUACCCAUUUGGAAGAUUCGGGUUCUAAAUCAUCAAAAGAGAGAGGGCGCUUCUGAUAUGGAUUGUCAGUUACAAUUGAGGUCUGGGAGAGGUAUAGAGGAGGAACGAUGGCUGGAUUUUUCUCAUUAGGAGGAAGAGGAAGCAACGGUCAAGAAGAUCAACAAAACAAUCCAACAAUAGAAAUCCCACCGGAGAGCUGGUUUUGGUACAAAAAUGAGGACAUUCCUUACAAGGGUUUAGAACUAUGGCAACAACAAGAGCUUUUCCAACGCCACAACAGCAGCAACAACCCGCAAGACCAACAACAGCAAGAUCUUUAUUCAUCAGCAGCUGGGUUAGGAGUUGGACCUAGCAGGAGCUCAAUCAAUGUCUCUGAUGAUUCCUCCUCGAGAUCGGCUUUUAUGAUGAUGAGAAGUAGCGGAGGAGCGGGAGGCCUGAGUUGCCAAGAUUGUGGCAAUCAAGCUAAAAAGGAUUGCCUUCACAUGCGGUGUAGAACUUGUUGUAAGAGCCGAGGAUUUGAUUGCCAAACUCAUGUUAAAAGUACUUGGAUUCCUGCUUCCAAGCGCCGAGAAAGGCAACAACAACUUGCUGCUUUGCAGCAACUUCAGCUUCGUGGAGAGAAUCCCAAAAGACAGCGAGAGAACCCAACCUCUUCUUCUCUUGCCUGCACUCGUUUACCCACAAGCGCGUCAGGGUUAGAACUGGGGAAUUUUCCGGCAGAAGUGAGCUCUGAAGCGGUGUUCAGGUGCGUGAGAGUGAGUAGCAUUGAAGAUGCUGACGAUCAGUAUGCUUAUCAGACGGCUGUAAACAUUGGAGGGCAUGUUUUCAAGGGAAUUCUUUACGAUCGAGGCCCUGAAAGUGCCUACAACAUCGCAGCAGCUGGUGAGAGUUCUUCUGGUGGUGUUCUACCACUUAAUCUUAUCACCGCUGGCCCCAUCACCGCUACCAACACGGCUUCCAUUGCAGUUAAUGCCAGUGGCAGUAGCGUAACAUCUGGUUCUUCAUCAACCGCCGCAUUUUUAAACCCUUCCUCUCUAUAUGCAACUCCACUCAACACUUUCAUGGCUGGUUGAUACUGUUCUCUUCUUCUCACUUCCCGAUGAGACCAAUAAAAAAAGUAAAUUUAUAUAUAUUUAUUUGUUUUUUGGGAAGGGUUUUUUUUGUUCGAACAUGCUUUAUAGGACAUGCUUAUGGAGCAUGUUUCAAUUAAUGCUACCACAUUAUACCACCAGCUGCUAUGUCUGUCAGAAUGCACCCUCUUAACUACUUUAUAUUAUAGGAAAACAAGGCUUAUGUAAUUUUCGAUUUUAUUUUUUACUUAAUUAAUUUUAUAAAAAAUUUGAUAAAAUUCACUUAAAUUUUAAAUUAAGUCUUUUUUCUAUUUUAUAUACAUUCUAACUAUAAAGCAGAAGCUGUUUUAGUUAAGUCUUAACCAUACUCUUAACUUAAUUAUGAUUAAUUUAUAAAGCAGAAGCUGUCAAACCUUUCUUUUUCCUUUUUUAUGGGUUUUUUUUCUUAUAGAAGUACCAAAUAUAGAACUGUGUCAGUGGUGAAAACUUCUUGAUCACAAUCUUGAGCUUAUUACUUGACUUGAGCUUAUUUUGAAGCUGCAUAACUAAAGAUACCACAUAAUUAAAGCAAAGCAAGGAUUUUGUUGGGUUUCAAGUUUCAUUUUAUAGUAAUGCUGCUGUUGCUGGUGGUCUAGAAUAACCUCAGCAAGAGUACCAUGUCUUGUUGAUUUGAUUCCCAGCUAAAAGUGUUAACCUUUUUUUUUAAAUAAUAAUAAUAAUAAUAAUAACAGUAGCAAUUAUUAUAAUCAUUAUUUUGAUAAAAUAGGGAAAACAAUUUCACGAAAUAUAGGAGGUAAAAACCAGGCUUCUGCUCGUGGAUAUUUAGUUUCAGUUGACACUGAUGAAAAGAACUUAUGUAAUAUUCAAUCCAAUAUCAAGUGCUCUGAACAUUAAGUAAUAUCAAUAUGUUCCUAAAGCAUGACAUUUACUAGUAAGUGUUUGUUUCUAUUCCUGAUGACCCUAUACUUGGAAGUACUCUGACAAAUCCCAGUACUUAUAAGAACAUUUAAAAUUGACAGGAAUAAGAUAUUUGGUAUCAAGUUGUUUGAAGAAGCUGUCAUGGUCUUUUUUUUUUCCCCCUCAGUGUGAUUAUUAGGCUAUGGCUGUGUAACAUACAGACUCACCAUUUUUAAUGAUAAAGAACUCAUGUAAUUGACCUGACCAGCUCAAUUCCACUUGCAUUGUAACUUGAUUUGGAGUAUGCUUGAUAGGAUCAGUAUUGCAAGAAAGAGCAUUUAAACUACUUGUAGGGUUCUUGUAAAUUAGCAGGAAUUUGGUGGUAUUAAUUGUCUAGGUUGCUGUGGAGCAUGCAAACCUAACAAUUGGCUUUUAAGUGACCACAUUUC